AUGGAGGCUUUAUUCGCAAUACCUUUCUCAGUUCUUGAAGUUCCUAAUAUUAAAAUUAAAAAGCCGACAUGGCUACAACCUCCGUCUGCCAUGACAACCUUCUCUUUCGUGCUUCUUUCAUACUUCUUAGUGACCGGAGGUAUUAUAUACGACGUGAUUGUGGAGCCUCCGAGCGUGGGUUCAACGACCGACGAACAUGGGCACAGUAGGCCGGUCGCCUUUAUGCCUAAUCGAGUGAACGGACAAUAUAUCAUGGAAGGAUUGGCUUCCAGCUUCCUCUUCUCGCUCGGUGGCCUUGGAUUCAUCAUCCUGGACCGCACACACAACCCCUCCACCCCCAAAUUGAACAGGAUCUUGUUAAUCUCAGUAGCCUUCCUAUGUAUUCUUGUAUCUUUCUUUACAACUUGGAUAUUCAUGAGGAUGAAGCUGCCAGGAUAUUUACAGAACUGA